AUGUCUGCACUUCGAAAGAAAUUUGGGGACGAUUAUCAGGUAGUGACCACCUCCUCCAGCGGGUCCGGAUUCAAUCAGCCUCCCCCAGAGAAAAAGAAGAAGAGGCAACGCUUUGUGGACAAGAACGGACGUUGCAACGUCCAGCAUGGGAACCUGGGCGGUGAGACUAGCAGGUACCUCUCGGACUUGUUCACCACGCUGGUAGACUUGAAAUGGCGCUGGAAUUUGUUCAUCUUCAUCCUCACCUACACGGUGGCUUGGCUCUUCAUGGCCUCCAUGUGGUGGCUUAUCGCCUACAUCAGAGGAGACCUCAACAAAGCGCACAACGACAAGUACACUCCGUGUGUGGCCAACGUGUACAACUUUCCCUCUGCCUUCCUGUUCUUCAUAGAGACCGAGGCCACCAUAGGCUACGGCUACAGAUACAUUACAGACAAAUGCCCCGAGGGGAUAAUUCUGUUUCUGUUCCAGUCCAUCCUUGGAUCGAUCGUCGACGCGUUCCUGAUCGGCUGCAUGUUCAUCAAGAUGUCUCAGCCCAAGAAGAGGGCAGAGACGCUGAUGUUCAGCGAGCAUGCGGCGAUCUCCAUGCGUGAUGGGAAACUCACUCUCAUGUUCAGGGUGGGAAACUUGCGUAACAGCCAUAUGGUCUCUGCACAGAUCCGCUGCAAAUUGCUCAAAUCUCGUCAGACUCCUGAGGGCGAGUUUCUUCCACUGGAUCAGCUGGAGCUGGACGUAGGUUUCAGCACUGGGGCUGACCAGCUCUUCCUCGUCUCGCCACUCACAAUCUGCCAUGUGAUCGACACCAAAAGCCCCUUCUACGACCUCUCACAAAGGUCCAUGCAAACGGAGCAGUUUGAAAUCGUGGUGAUACUAGAAGGCAUCGUGGAGACCACAGGGAUGACCUGCCAGGCGAGGACAUCGUACACGGAGGACGAGGUUCUCUGGGGACACCGGUUCUUUCCUGUCAUCUCCUUGGAGGAGGGCUUCUUCAAAGUGGACUACUCUCAGUUUCAUGCCACGUUUGAGGUGCCUACUCCUCCUUAUAGCGUGAAAGAGCAGGAGGAGGCCCUCCUUCUAUCGUCGCCCCUCAUGGCGCCCUCCCUGUGCAACAGUGGGGAGAAAAACAGCUCCCUGGACUGCCUGGAGACAUUGGAGGACAAUGACAGCACCACCAAGCUGCCUACCAAGCUGCAGAAGAUCACGGGACGGGACGGUCUGCCCAGGAAGCUGCUGAGGAUGAGUUCCACCACCUCAGAGAUGACUUACAGCUUCGGAGACCUGCCCAUGAAGCUGCAGCGAAUCAGUUCGGUCCCCGGUGUCUCUGAUGACAAACAGGCUGGGAAGGCCAAGAUCAGCACAGAGCCCAUCAGUAAGUCGGUGGCGGACUUGCCCCCGAAGCUGCAGCGACUAGCUGGGGGAGGAGGCGGGAGGAUGGACGGACACUUGCCACCUAAACUUAGGAAAAUGAACUCAGAUCGCUUUACAUAAAGCACACAACAAAUUUUAACUCCUGCUAUCUCCUUUUUUUCUGAACCUGAAAUCCUUGUACUAUUCCGUAUUUAUUAACGGACGACAUUCUUAUAUUAAAGGAGCUGUAGAAUACGUGCACAAAUACCUUAUAUAACGUAGGGGGAUGGAAAUGAGCACAUUUGUCCCUGGAUGUAAGUGUUCUUGCUCUAAUGAAAGACCUCAGAUUUAUUUAUUUUUCUUUUUCUUUCUGUUUAUUUUUUUUUCUUUUUUAGGAUGAUGUACAAUUAGCACAAUUUGGCAUGUAAGAAGCGACGCAUGUAGAACCAAAUCUCAGUUUCUGGCAUGACAAUUUGUUGAUUUCACAAAACAAAAAGACCAAAAAAAUAAAACAAUUUCAUUAGUGAAUUUACAGAUAGUGGACAAUUGCACAAAGCCAUAUGAUUUACACCACUGGAAACUUACAUUACACUGGUUCUAAUCUGUAGUGAAGAAAGGCACAUGUUUGUUUUGAGUUGAUUGCUUUUGUUGUUUACUGUAAAAUUGUGGCAAUGUUACGUUGGUUGCAUGCUCCUCUUACUGACUUAGCUAUACAAAGGUAAUAGACAAAGAUGUUUAGCCUUAACUAUAUUACCUUGUUCCCAUUUUCAUGUUUGUUCACAGCUGUAUUUUUGGUAUUUCAUAUACAGACUAUUUUACCAUGUGCGCUUUAAAGAUUUUAUCUGAUUGAAUACAGAAAGUGCUGCUAGAUGAUGCAUACUAUAUUUACAAAUGGGUUAUUAGCGUCAGUAAAACUGGGCACAAUGAUACACAAUUUUCACUUGCUUAUUAAUGUAACACUUAAGUUGAAAUAUUCUAUAGCUGUAACCGAUAAGCACAAAACAAUCAUAUAAAUCCUUAAGAUGUUAGAAAUUCUUUCUUGUCUCAUCAUAUACCAAAAUGCAAUCUUCAGUAAGCCAGUGCUGCUAUAACAAGGGCACCAAUAGACUUUCAACUUAUGUGUUACUGUUUAGAUUUGGUGGGCCUGUAAGAAUAAUUAAAAUAAUCUUUGUUUUUAGGGACCAUAAUAUUCCUCCUUUGUGAUGAAAGCAAUAAUAUUAUAAAAACUACAACCUACAGCCACAGGGUCUACCACACCCCCUAUGAUCGCUUUGUUUACUUGAUCUGUGCCAUGAAAUCUGAUUUUCUCUAAAUGCAUCAAAGACAUUGUAUGAUAACUGAUCUAUUCAGGAAUAAAAAUCUAACGUAACUAUUUA